CGGAUACUAAUGUUGUUAUGCGAGUACUCAGUACGAAUCCUGAAAAGAUACAUAUUUGGCCGACACAUGCUAUUAUUCCAAAAGGGCAAGCCAUGGACAUAUCAAUAACAUUUGAAGCAAUAACGAAGUUUAGAAAGGAGAGAGUCUGCGCCAAAAUUAUACAUCUUCCACAAAACUUUCUUAAUCUUCAAAUUUCUGAUAUGUUUGUUUCUGCUCCGUUUUAUCACAUCAGGAAUUUUCCAAUCGUCUUCAAUUAUUAG